AGUUGGAUUCAGCCAUCUUAUUAGUAUGCUAGAAGCUCUAGGUUUCUCGUUGCUUGCACGUUGAGUAAGCCCGAACCAGUCUUAGCAUGCAGGCUCAACAGACACGGUUCUUGGCUCGUACGCCGUCUGCCGUUGUGACCGCUGAGUUGCCAUGAGAUCCUUAGCACGAGCAUGCUUCGACAGUCGUCCUGACGACAUCCUUGUCAGAAUCCUCUGGCCCUCCAAUCCACCCGUUCCUCGCGAAUCCGAGGGCCAUCAUGGUCUGAGCAACUCCUUGUGGCUCGCGCCGAUGGACUUCUUUCAGCUGUUCAGCAUCGAAGAGGUCCGUCGCGCGCAGAAACUCACUCCUCGUCGACUCAUCCCGCUUGCGGACAUCCUCCUUUCUUAGAUCCCGGCGCUUUCGCAAAUCCUGCCUUCGCCGCAGAUUCCGCGUACAAUCUCGGCAUCGCGUCCGUCUGCCGUCGCUGGCGACGCCUCGCUCAGCGACACGUGUCCACGCUUUCCGUCAAGAAGCACCUGGUUCUCUCCCGGCAGGAUCUCUCAGAUGCCGUCAAGUGCUUCCCCAAUCUGACCCGUCUGUAUCUGAGCGACGACAGCUUCGAAGCUCUCGACGAUGCCUUCCUCGCUCACCUCGCUUCAUCGUGCCCGAAGCUGGCGGCUCUCCAUGUGGGAAGAAUCACCACAACCAGCAAAGAGCGUGGCGGGAGGGACGACAAGCACCUGCUGACCAAAGCUGGUUUGGAUCGCUUCUUCCAUCAGUGCUCGCAACUGCAGCAUCUGUCAUUGCUCUGCCUCCACGCACGCGUCAACCUACCCGCUUCCUUCUUCCAGCUGUCGCGUCUCCGCUCUCUCGCUCUCAACCGCGCUUCAGUCAUCGAUACGCCGAAACUUAAGAGCCUGUCUUCUCUCGCCACUCUCGAGAUUCACAGCACGAAGCUCUCUCAGCAGCAGCGCUCGAGACUCAUUCGCCUCACCAGCCUCGCCAGCCUCACCAGCCUUUCCCUGCCCGAUGGAGUCGGCGUGGAUCUGGAAGACCCGUCGUCCGCUACCCUCUCCUUCGCACGGCUACCCUGUCUGAAGUCGCUGAAGGUUGGAGUGCGCUAUCGACGUGAUUUUCGCAGGCUCUUUCCGUCAGCGUCGUCGUGCAGCCUCUUGGAACGGCUGCAGCUCACCAAGUGCAGAGAGCUCGAGUCCCUUCCUGACCCAAUCGGGAAUCUGCUGCCACGCCUCAAGGAGCUGACUAUCUACAGGUGCAAGCCACUAACUCAGCUGCCAGAGGACUUUGCUUCCUUGAGCUGUCUGACCAGCCUCACAAUAUCAAGGUGCAGUGUGGUCGCGUUGCCAGAAAACCUCGGAGAGCUGCCCCGGCUGAAAAAAUUGGUGCUGCGCAUGCUGCCUCUCGGGGGUCUCCCUGACUCCCUCUGCCAGCUGCCAUCUUUGGAGACGCUGUUUCUGGUCGGGUGCAGCGAGGUACAGGAGCUGCCAGCUGGUUUCGGCUGCCUCACAGCGCUCAGGUGUCUGUGCAUCCAGCAAUUGAAGCACCUGGUGCUUCCAGAGGCCAUUAGAGGGCUCACCAACCUCCACACGCUCAUCCUCAAAGUCAACCACGAAGACCAGCUGCUGCCAUCCUCAUGCACGCUGCUGGUUUCCCUGACCAGGCUGGAGCUCCACGACUGCUUUAUAGCUGAGCUUCCAGAGGGCUUGGGGAAGCUGAGAAACCUGCGAGUAUUGAGCCUCACGUCCUGCCAUAAGCUCAGCGCGCUUCCAGGGUCCGUCACAGCUUUGGCGCAACUUGAAGGCCUGAGGAUCGAAAGAUGCUGGAGCCUUCUUUCGAUACCCAGAGGUCUGGGUGGGCUUACAAGGCUGAAGCAGUUGGACCUGAGUCGAUGUGAUGUGCUGAAGGAAGCUCCCGAGUCGUUACCGCUCUCCCUUGCAGCUCUUAGCUUGGGGAACAGCGGUUGGAUCACACCGCUUCCAGACAUCUCUAAGCUUUCAGGGCUCAGAACAUUGAAGUUAGACAGGGUGGGUGUUGCAGAUGGGCUGGUAGCAGAUGCUUCCAGCAGCAGCGGUUUAUCUGGUCUGAGGCAUCUGAGGGAGCUGGAGCUGAUACUGCCAGAACGUGCCACCGAGUGUCCAUUUCCGCUGGUUUUCCUUCCUGACCUCCGCAUUCUGACGGUUUCAAAUGCAGGAGGUUUGAAGCAACUUCCAGACUUUCCUGGCUCCGCUUUGCAGCAGCUGCAGCAGCUGGAGAUUCAUGGGGCCAACGAAUUGACAGAGUUACCUGCCACUGUUACAACGCUCCAGCAGCUGACAUCCCUUCGGAUCCAUGCGCCCAAGUUAUCUUCCCUUCCAGAGGGCAUCGGGGCCUUAUCCCGAUUGUGCAGGCUGAAUCUGUCCAGGUGCUCAUCCCUCGCACAUCUCCCUGCUUCUCUCACUCAACUCGCCUGCCUCCAUGACCUGGACCUCAGCCUCACCCCCAUCUGCUCCCUCCCCCCGAGCUUUGCCCGGCUCACCAGACUCAAGCGUCUGGAUUUGCUGGGUUGCGAGCAGCUGACAGCUUUGCCUGAGGAUCUAUCAGAGCUUAAGUUGCUUCAUUCUCUCACUACUUAUGGGUGUGACAGGUUGCCUGACGAUUAGGGUGGUGAUGCUUUGGUGGUGUACUCUGAUUGCAAUGCUGCGGUAUUGGUGUUAGCCUUAUGGUGGGUUGGCAUCUCACAGCUGGCAACCGUGCAACUGUCCCCCCCCCGUGACCUGAUGUCAUUGGUUAGCUAAUCUAAACCGCGCAAGCUUGACCUGUUUGGCAGCUGCCAUGUGUCAAACAUAUUUGUGUAUGUGUAGUAGACUACAUAGGGUCUUGCCGUAGAGAGUAUAACCCACUAGCUAUAUACUCCUGUAUUCUCUCAUUCUAGUCAUUC